AUGCUCGAACUCAUUUUCAGCCGCUUCAUCAGCAUCUUUGCUAGCAUCCUUUCCUUGCAAGUUUUGACCAGCACGGCGAUGCCAUUUCCCGUCACCAACAUCACCGAUGUCGGUUCUAACGGUUGUGUCUGGGACUUCAGCCCAACUGCUAACGUCAGGUGGCAGAUCUGCGGCGAGAAUGUCAGCUAUCAACAGCUUGUCUAUCCAACCACUACCGGGUGCAUGGCCCUGGCAACCGGCAUGAAGAAUGUGUGGACAAAUGAAUGUUCCAGCUGGAUUGGUGAGCACUACCAGAUUACUGUCGUCUUCCUGUCACUGUCAGGGGCUAAUCAUGGGGAUGUGCGCAGGAGCAUGUACCAUGUGGAUGCAGCCCGAUUGUACCGGAGAAUGGUCGUUGAGAAUUGA